UUUAGUUUUAACGGUAAUACCCAUGUCUGCUAAUGUCCAAUGAGAUAGAUAAAUGGCAUCUAAUUAUAUUAUCAUACAACAAAUAUUUAUAUUUCAAUUUAUGAUAUUUCAAUUCAACAUGGUUAAUGAAGGAUUGGAAAUGAUACAUUAAUGGAGAGAAUGAGGGCCGAAAGUCGUUGUUGUCUUAAAAUGGGAGCAAGAAAAAGAAAACAAAAGAUCAGCAUGCAGUACAACGAAAAUUGAUUUUUAGAGCAUCAAAUGCAUAGGAUAGAACACGCUUAAAAUGAAUAAAAAUCAUAAAAUCUCUGAGGACUUUGUACGAUCUAUUAGUCAGAGAAACUUGGAGGUUUAUGCUGUUCCAGAAAGUCCAUUCUAUUAUAGGAAUGUUCAAAAUAUAGAUAUUUUAAGAUCAAUAUUUUUAAGAGAAAUUAAUAGACUACAAACAUUUAAUGGGUAUCCUCAAGAUGGAUUUUCUGCCAUUAAAUUGGCUAGCAACGGCUUUAUUUACCAAGGCCAUGGUCAUGAAGCUGUCUGUGUCUUUUGUGGAAGCAGAUAUGCUGAGUGGAGUACAGAGGACGACGUCCAGAUAAUACACAGAUGUCUCUGUCCUCAGUGUCCAAUGGUCACUGGUGAAGUUGUCAGUAACAUUAGCCUCAACGGGGAUGUCGCUCAAAGAAUUGAGGGUAUACACUUUAGAAAUGAUUAUGAAACAAGGUUGGAUACAGAAACAUCACUUGCUAGCAGAGUUCAGUUACAAGAAUUUCGAAGUGAGGAGAAUGUACGUGAUAUCAAUGAGGACAGGAUUAAUACUCUUGAAAUAACAACAUCUAUUUAUACGCCAUCUUUUCCAGGCGUGAUUGCAGACGUGACAGUCGAAUAUUUAACAAAUAAUACAAGCCUAAUGUCUGCUACACCCUCCUGUCCCAUCGCACCAGAAAACAAAACUAGUUCCGGUUGUCAGACACAUAACAUUGAGAACGAGACACACUUGCGUUACGAUCAUUUGACGACAUUAGAAACAAACGAAAUGGACACAACUUUAAGCAUAACAUCUGAUCUCACUGUAGCUGAAAACGGUGCUCAAGCCCAGGCAUUUGUUCAGCAUGAUUCAGAAACAGACGUUUUAUUAAUGACAAAAUUAGCAAAUUUAAACACUUUCAUUACUCUACGAAGUGAUGACAGUGAGGAAGUCAUGCUUCUUUGUAAUGAUCAGAUACAAACGUUAAGAGGGGACAUUCCGAUACUUCCCAAUUCAGUUCCAACAUAUACAAAUGAAGACAUGUUAAUGGUUCCAGUUAAUAACACUGACAUACUUGAUACGGCAUCACACGAUUUUGAUCUAACACAAACGUUAGGCCAAGACAUACUGUCAUUCAGUUCAACUCAUACGGCAGUCAAUAAUUUGGGCAGUGCAUCUACAAAUACUGCAACUGAUCCACUGGGCAGGUUAUCGGACUCUCCAAAUGAAACUAUAUUCAACGGUUUGGUGUUAAAAGACUCAACAACCUGUGAAGCUGUAAGCUCAGCAAUAGGUAUAAGCGAUGCAACACAUAAGACAGAAGCACUGACUGUUGACACACCAACACAUCUACACGAAUAUAGUCCUGGGACUAGUCAGGAGACAGCAUCGGUGCGAAACAAAGACACAUUGGUUCUCAAUAGAUCUGUCAUUUCUACAAAUUUAACAAAGGUAGCUAACAACCAAAAUGAAAUAACUUUUACAAUAAAAUCAGCACAAAACCUCAAGGAAAUUAUAUUUGAAUGCAAUGACAAACAAAAGAUCGAAAUAGAAGAGUUUAAUCUGCAAGGGUCUAAAGGGCUGUAUAUUUCAUGCCCUACAAACUUUAGGAGUGUCAUUAAACUAGCACAUGGUGAACAUGUAAACAAUAUGAACGACAUGACUUCAAUUAAUGUUCAAAGUGAUACAUCAAAGAUACAAUCGUCUGAAGGAAAAGCAAAUCCAUCUGAUGUGAAUCUGAGAAAGCUGCGAAUGACUAAGGCUGAGCUUAAAGGCAGAGUAACUCGUUCAGAUGCGAUCCGUAUAAUAAAAGAGAAUGUCCAGCAACUUAAGGAUAGGUUACAGUCAGAUCUAUUGCAGCAGGCAUAGACACAGAUUUCUGAUUGGUCUAGAUUGUAGAACGUGACACUGACUUAACAACUUAAUGUAAAUCAUAUUUAUGAUAAAUGACAUAUGAUAAAUGACAUAUAUAUCUCACACUCUGACUUCUCUUGAAGUAAAAUUAUUUCCGCCUAAUGUUUGGCUGUUCUAGUUUAUGCAAAUGUUUCAGAAACAAAAACAUAAAGUAAACAAAUAACUAAUUUAUGUCAUAAAUGAUAUCUGACUGCCAAAUUACAUUACAAAAAUAAAUCUGUAAAAGAAUAUAGAAGGGAGGGGAAGAGAUCAAAAUGAAAACAAACACUUAUAAUAUAGUCAACAAAGUUUUCAACUGACAAAAAUGUGUGGAUGUUUUUUCAAGUUGCUGAUAUUUGUGUGGGUUUGUACACAAAGGGCUCAUCGUCUCAGCACCAAAACAAACAACAAAUAUAUAUAACGGUAAUUCUCUACUCAGUGUUAACGUAUUACAAUUUCUAUCGAAUAGUUCAAGAAUAUUUGAACUAUGUAACGAUAUCAAUCAUGUCUCAUUAAUCAAGCUCUCAAAAUUAAAUAACAUACUACAAAUGUUUAUUCCAUACUGGUUAGAUUUAUAACAAACAUUUGGAACAAAGAGACAUACAAAGAGACUUUCUUGGAAAUUUUCAAAAUAAACUAAACUAGUGUUUCCCAAACUGUGUUCACUAGACCUAAAUGGGUGUCCCACGAACAUCUGGAAUAAUUAGCUAUUAGCCCACCACGUCAAAUAAUCUCCCUAAAAGAAUUAGCCAAGUGUGCGCUAAAUACGCAGACUGUAGGAAAUGUUAGGAAAAAAGUUUGGAACACACUGAACUAAACAAUGUCAAGGACGCUGACAUUAAAAUGAAAUGUAGACAACUCAAUUUUAAAAAAUUGACAAACAAACGAAAAGCUUCGAAACUUUUAUUCUGCGCAUCAGAUGUAACAAAAAGCUAUUAUAGAUUUUACGCCAUAGAUGAACAAAAAAACAGAUUUUACAAAAAAAUUAUUUUCGAAUAUGUCCACAUAAAUCUAAAUAUUUUUUUAAACACUGUGUGUCAUAUUUUGCACCAAUGUAAGCACAAAGUAUAUUUUCUACAUUUAUUGUUUGAAUUAGCUUAAUGUUCUUCUUUGACAAGAAUUGUAAGCAAAGAGAAGGGCUAACGUGAUUUAGUCAUUAUCUCAGUAUUGACGACAACAUACAGGUGUGUGGACUGUCUGACCUUGGCGGUCUAUAGAUAGGACAGUUGUUGACAUGAUGACUCGCUGGACUACUAGCUGUUAAUAUUUAAAUAUGGAAAGUGUUUUUAACUUGUUGACCUUACAUGUAUAUAAAAGCUUGUAGAAUAUUAAUGAAUUUCAUUGCUGUAAGAUGCUUUAAGCUUUUGUUUGUUCUGAUUAGCUUCCUACAAAGUUGACAAAUGUGUUUGUUUGAAUGUGUUUGUUUGAAUGUGUUUGUUUGAAUGUGUGCAUGUAACAAAGCUGCUUAGCAGGCUGAGAACAUUGUUUCCUACUUGUGAUCUUACAUCGGGAUGUUUGGAAAGGUUUUUAACACUAUAAGACAUAGGGGCCUUUGUGUUUCUAAAUAAAACUAAGAAUUAUUGGGGUUUUUUUUA